AUGGCUCUGACACCGCAGGAUCCUUCGAUAUUAGACAGAGCUUAUAUUGUCCGUCUUGCUCCUGAAGCUGAAUAUCCGGAUAAGCUUGCUCGGCGAGACGAUCUACACAUUGCAGCAUUCCACAAACGGGCAUCGGCUUUGGAUUACACGGUUAGAUAUGAGUUCAAGAAUCCCUGUGUCUUUCUCGGAAUUUCAAUUCAAGUCACUGGCACCAGAACGGACGAAGAAAUCUUCUCGGAACUGCAAGCUCUCGCUGGAGCUGACUCGGUAUCGAGAGUUGGCAAAGUUGGACUUCCAAUUAUCCCAGGCACGCCACAGCCCCCCCUACCAUUCCUCUCUUACGCUGAUCCUCCGCCGCUCAAUGUUUCAACUGGCGGUAGGCUUGAUUCCACUCUUGAGAUGGGAGGUGUAGAUAAAUUACACCGCCUUGGAAUUAAAGGCAACGGAAUGAAAAUUGGGAUCAUCGAUAGCGGUGUUGACUACAGGCAUCCUGCCCUUGGAGGAGGAUUUGGACCUGGUCACAAGAUUGCUGGAGGAUAUGCUUUUACCACAGACAAUGGGACUCUCGCAAACACCACUGAUCCCCUAACCACCUGCGUUGGUGGUGGCCAUGGAACUCAUGUCACAGGAAUCAUCGGAAUGGAACCAACCCCAGGCGGCUUUGAUAUCACUGGCGUUGCCCCCGAGGCGACCCUUUACAUGUACAAAGUUCUGGCCUGUUUUACCUCUGCAGAAUGGGAUUCUAUUAUUGCAGCCAUGUCCAAAGCUCAUGAGGAUGGUGUCGAUAUUGUCAGCAUGUCCAUAGGCGGACCCCUGCAGGGCUUCAGCGGAGAGCCCGACCCGACUGCUGCUGCCAUACAAAGUCUCGCCGACGCUGGCAUUCCUGUUAUCAUUUCUAUUGGGAAUGAGGCGGUAGCCAGUCCACGUGCUCGAAAUCUCUACUCAGUAACUAUACCCGGUUCACAGCCGUCUGCCAUUGGAGUUGGCGCAAUUUCCAACACCGUCUUCCCUCUGGUCUACUCGGCAGUCGAUUCGAUGGGCACUACCAUUCAAUACGCCUCAGUAUACCCAGUUAACCUUCCAAGCGGGGCAGACAUUUAUAUCAUGAGUGACGGAUGUAGCUCCGACGAAUGGAAUAAUGUCCUCUCAAUUGUUGACGCUAACAAUACCAUCAUCGCUUUCGAAGCAACCUAUCCAAUGUGUCCAGCUGACGCAUUGGGAGCAUGGUCUGGCGCUUCUACUCAACCCCACUACAUUAUGGCUUUCACCGCCCAUAGCACUAAUAUACUAAACCCCAACCAAGAAGAUCCAUUUCUAUCUGCCUACAAUACACUUCCCGAGGGGUAUCAUGGUUCCGUUCAAUUGAUCAAUGUAAACUCCACUGAGGGUGAUAAACUAAUCAGCAACUUCGAAGCUGCCGGUGGAUACCGGAAGUACAAGUGGAAGCUAAGUUCCGGUGUUACGAGCGCUCCGGAGCCAGCAGGUGGACUAAUGGACUAUUACUCUUCCUUUGGACCAACAUGGCACGAUUACCAAUUAAAGCCUCAGAUUUCGGCACCGGGAGGCCAUAUCCUUUCAACCUGGCCAUUGGGACCACAAUUGGGCUAUUCCAUUCUUUCCGGAACGUCCAUGGCCGCGCCGUACAUCGCCGGGGCAUUUGCCCUUGUGAAGUCUCAAUUCCCCAAAGCCACAAACCAGGAGAUUCUGGAACGGUUGCAGACUACUGCAACCCCUCUUCCUUGGGUCUUCAACGCCUCCAUGUUAGCGGCAACUCCCCAGCAAGGUGCGGGUAUGGUUAAUGUUUACAAUGCAAUUUUUUCCGAGAGCCAAAUAUCCCCUGGACAGAUCACCGUCAGAGACGUAUCUCGUACCGAAUACGGAACAGCGAAUAUCACAAUCCAGAAUACAUCCGCAAAACCCAAGACUUAUUCAUUUUCCCACGAAGGAGCUGGAUAUAUGGAUUAUACCUUGCAAUAUCAAGAACUCAAUCAGCGGCCGCAGUAUGGGUCUGCAAAUUUCGCGUUAUCAGGCAUUACGAUUCCCCCAGGACAGUCAGACACUAUCCACCUCUCCAUCAACCCUCCCAAUGAUGUUGAUCCUACUUCUCUGCCGGUUUUUAGCGGGUUCCUAUGCGUAUCAGAUUCCGACGGGGAAAGCUUUCACAUUCCUUAUGUGGGGGCCCCGUACUCCAUUUACAACGCAGCCUAUCUUGUGGUGAAAAACGACUCCCAGGCAGGCAUCAUCUCACCCCGAGUCUGGUCCUACGACGCCAAUGGUACUAUAGUGACCGACUACGGUCUUGAAGAAUUCGUGCCCGAUCGCGGCUAUGGUUCUGACCUCUCUACCUCGCAAUGGACGCGGGAAUUCCGUGUCGAUGUCCUGCCAGCCGAUACAAACAUCACAGCAGACCACUACGGCUUCGAUCGCACCAUCACAUACCCCGACAUCCCCUCAAAAUUCACACCGAACAUGACGGUUUUCGGGUACCCAUCGUUUGGUAUGCUUGCAAAUAACACGGGAUAUAUCUGGCCUGGUGCGAAUGGGCAGUUUGGGGCGGAUACGAAGGUCAUGUCGAGUAAUGGAGUGCGGUACCUGGUUGGGGAUGGGGAUUAUAGGUGGUUUGUCAGUGUGCUGAGGUGGGGAGGGACGUCGGGGAAGAGGGACGAUUAUGAUACUUGGCUAAGUCCGAUCUUAAGGGUUGUCAGUAAUUCCAUCUCGACAAGCCAUGUGUAG